GACAUUUAAUUGGGCCCAGGCCACCACAGGGGGACAGCGGACGCAUUCCUCCACUGCCUGUGCCCUGUUGUGUUGCUCUUCGCCGCGUGGCUGCAGUCCGUGGAUAACAUGUCCCAUGCCCACGCAAACUGGAUCUGCUGGAGUGCCUCUGACUGACACCAGUGCAGUGAACCCUUUGACUAUGGUUGGAAAACUUCUGAAUACAAGAUAAUAUAGUUAGUCUCAAGAGGGAAGUGUUGGUCAACUCUUGGACAGAUAGUUGUGCCAUAUCUGCUGAAUUUGUGCAGGCUGAGAGAAGAGCUGCGCUUUUCAUGAAGAGACCUCAACAGUGGUCCGACCAGGAACAGACAACAGUCACCACUGAGGACGUACACUGCUGAUUUUAAACUUUAUUACAAGGAAUUUUCUUGCUCGGGUUCGUGCUGCUUCAGCUCUGUUUUGUGCCUGUGGCCUCAUGAAAGGAUAAAUGAUCACCUCAACCAGAAGAGUGUCUCCUGAUAAAUCUGAAGUUAGAAUUGCCUUCAGCCUCGACAACACAUCAGAUGUAAAAGAUGUGGAGGACCUCCCUCAGACUUUCCCGGAACUUGAACAUCGAUUACAGCCAGUGCCCCCCUGUGUGUCUCUGGGAGAGAGCGUUCAGGUGUACAAGGAACACUGCAGGAUGGCAAGAGAGUUCCACCAGGUCAAACAUGAGAUUGCUGUGCUUGAGGACCGCAAGCGUAAGUUGCUGGCAGAGCUGGUGGAGGAUGAGAAGGUUGCCGUGGAGAUCGCCCGUCUAGAGGAGGAGUUUCGGCGUCUAACAGAGGAGAACCGCACCUUGGUGACUGUCCACAACGAGCGCGCUCAGCAGCUGGAGAGCCUCUGCUUGACCAAUCAGACGAGGCAGGACUCCUCGUGACCUCUGACCUCCGCAGAACCUGAGACCACUGAGCAUACAGCUGAUGCUCGGCCACGAAACCAAGCAUAAAUAAAGGCUCAGCUAGUGCUCAUUCUACACAACAACAGUCAGUGAAUCAGCUAGUUACACAGAAAGGCGCCGUGUUUAUUCAUGUCUGAGUCAUUUGUUUGAACCGCAGACGUACUGUCAUCAUCAGUUUGAAGUUGUUAUAGUGAUUCUACCGAGCUAUGACACAAGGCCGCUUUUCUUCUACUGUUUUAUUUGUAUGUGAUCUUGCAGAACCCUCCUGGUCGCUUUUGCAAUACCUCACAGUGUAUUUAUACGAUGUCAGCUGCUGUGAAUGUGACCAGAUAUUGUGAUAUCUGUCUCAGGUCCUGUGUAGACUCAGAUCUUUUACCUGAGGUCUGUGGAGGGAGCCAAAGGUGGUAUGAUGUGGUCCAAAUGUUGUAUUUUAAGGAGCAUUUACCCCUCCCUCUCUCUCUCUCUCUCUCCCUCUCUCCCACCCCCAGCACUUGCCUGUCAAGUUCCUGUUACGAUAAAAAAAAAAAGGAAAUGAAAUGUGUUAAGGAGUUGUCAGGGAUUGGGGGAGUUAGAGCCAUUUGAGAGGAACAGCAAAAGAAGAAGGGUGAUUAUCGAGUUCACAAUGAGUAUCUGCCGCGACACAACACCUUUAAGAGUUGUACAUUUUUUGAUGUAGUGUGUCUCACCAACCUGUCGAAGGGGAAGUAUACAACAAGAUAAACUGUUGGUUAUCGUCCUUGUCUAUUAAUAAAAUGCAUUUUAUUUUAACACCA